UGUGGGGAAGAUAAGAUACCGAACGGAAGUAACCAGGUCUCGUGACUAUGACACAGCAGAAGGUCGGAUACAACUUGGUUGACAGUAGCGGAUUGUUUCGCUUGAAGAUAAUCCUUUGAUGUUUCCCCGAAGACAAGCAUAAAUAUGCCGAUAAGAGUGGCCGUGAUCGGCGCGGGUGCGGCCGGGCUCGGCGCCAUGCGUCACCUGUUGGCCAGACCUGACGUUUUUGAGGGAGUUUGUUUUGAACAGUGUCCGCAAGUUGGAGGGACAUGGGUGUACACAGACAGCGUUGGAACUGACGAAUACGGACUACCGGUACACUCCAGCAUGUAUAAAAACCUCAAGACAAAUCUGCCCAAAGAAGUAAUGGCAUUUCCUGACUUUCCUUUCAAGGAAACCCUGCCAUCUUUCAUAUGGCAUCACGAUGUCCUGCAGUAUUUACAAGAAUACAGCGACAACUUCAAGAUCACUGACAAAAUCAAGUUUCAGACUAGAGUAGAUCGUGUACAUCCUCUCAAGCGAGACAAAUCGGAACCAAAAUGGGAAGUGGAGUUUAGUGAUGUUCUCAAUGAAACCACCAAAAAGACGGAAUUGUUUGAUGCAGUUAUUGUUUGUAAUGGGCAUUAUUCCAUUCCCUUGUUCCCGGACAUGCCAGGCCUGGACAAGUUCAGAGGUCGUGUGUUUCACAGCCACGACUACCGGGAGCCUGAUUCCUUCAAGCAUCAGCGUGUCGUGUGUCUUGGUGCUCAGUCAUCUGGCAUGGACAUCAUGGUGGAACUAAGCACUGUUGCUCACACAGUGUUCAUCAGUCACAAUAAAGCCCCCAUAAAAUCCAAACUACCUCCCAACGUAGACCAGAAACCUGGGAUAGCCCGCUUCACAGAAGAUUCAGUUAUUUUCUCCAACGAAGAGGAACAAAAGAUAGACUCUGUUGUCUUCUGCACAGGAUACAAAUACACCUUCCCAUUUCUCUCUGAAUCUUGCAAUAUCAAGAUAGAAAAUGAAAGAGUUACCCCCCUUUACAAGCAUAUAAUCCAUACAGAAUUUCCGUCACUGUCUUUUAUAGGAAUUUGCAAAGUUGUCUGCCCCUUCCCACAGUUCCAUUUUCAAAUUCUUGUAGCUCUAUCAGCAUUGGAUGGAUCCUUGAAGUUGCCGUCACGGCAAGCUAUGGACCUAGACACAGAGAUGGAUUAUCAACAUCGCCUCUCCGAGGGGCUGCUUCCUCGGUAUGCACACCACAUGGGGCCGAGGCAGUGGGCAUAUAAUGAUGAACUCGCUGACAUGGCCCAGUGUCCGAGGCUGGAUCAACAAGUGAUGGAUCUGUAUAACAUUGUGCAUGAAUGGAGGGCGAGAGAUGCAGCUACAUACAAGAAAAAAAAUGUUGCACUUGUAAAAGCCUGAUUAAUCCAGAGCUGUAGAUAACUAAAUGGUUGCAUAUAUGGCCUUUCAAGUCAAGGGAAAUGACUGUGAUCCUGUUAAAUGCAUAUUUUUAUUAAUUCUGCUGUAUACAUUGAAUGAUUUUAUAAUGGUUUAUGACAUGUAUGCAUAGAUGAUUAUGCAAUGAAAUAUUUUAUUCUAGUCCUUAUACACAAUCAUUUGAUGUGUUUGAUUGAUAUAAAAUACUAUUCUUUAUUA